AGAAAAUACAUUAUUUUUCGUUAAGUAGAAUGAGUCCUUAUUGAGCAGAUAAAUCAAAUUCAGGAAAUAGGAAAAAUGGAGACAAGUAAUGGAAAAGCAGAAGACGAUUCCAACCCCAAAAAAGACCUAAAUGAUACCGAGGCUUCUCUAUCGCUGUCCAUAACUCCACCAAUCCCCGAUGACAACAAAAAAGACAACGAACACUCCGAUGAGAGCAUUUCGGAGCACCUAACUUCUAACAGUACCAGUGUAGAGAACGACCGAUCCUACCAAGAGAUCGAAAUCUCUAACAGGCCUUCAACCGUAUUUUUUAACUUGCCAUCAUCCGACGAAGAGAGGCAGCACAUUUCUCAAGAACAGCGGCCUCGGUCUCUGGAGACCAGUUUCUGUAGUGAUACUAGUGUUAUAAGUUUGAAUUACCUGGAUAGAAUUAGUUUCAGAAACAUGGAAAUGAGUGAUAAUGUGCGUAGCAUCUUGGAUGAGAUCUUAAACGACGACCAGUUUGUUUCGGGGAACGAGGACUCGGGAUCUUUCACUAAGUCCAGGGAGGAAAGUUUGAAUAUCUUCGCCAACAUCGAUCUAGAUGAUAAGAGUUUGACUAAUUUUAGGAACAGUCAGAACGAUCUAAUGGAAAAAGAUUUUUUUAGUGGUAAUUUUGCAGUACCUUUAGCGAGAGACGCGAUUGAUAUCGACAAACGAGUUAAGGAUUUUGAGGAGCUGAUAGCGGUUAAAGACAGUACGAUCGCUGCUCUCACUUCCGAACUUGAUUCGUUUCGAGAACUGAGCAACACAAAUUCGGGAAGUAUGGUGUCGACAACGGAGUACAAGCAGCUCCAAGAAGAGUGCCAUAGCAAAUUGAUGGAAUACAACAGUGCCAUAAUCUAUAAAAACGAUCUGAUUCAACAACUGAGCGAAUCGUUAGACCAGUCGGUUAAUGAGAGAAAGGAACUUUUAAAACAAGUCGAUAUCUUCAAGGAGGAAAUUUCGCAGUUGCAGAAACAACUUCAAGACACAACGAGGAUGGUAAACGAUCACAAGUGUGUUAAAGAAACCAAAGAAGAAACCGAUUAUACCUCGGCAGUACAAGUAAUAAAGGAAGAUGACGAUGAGAAAACGGAAACGUCGGAGCCCGUUUUGGACUUGGACUUGGAGUUUUCGACGUUGGAAUCGAACUUGAACCCCGCUCAAAGUAACUUGCUCAACGAUUUAAAGAUUAAGGUCAACGAGUUCGUCAGACAGAGCGUGAUGAAGAAUAGGAACCUUUAUGAAGAGGAAAUAAGUAAACUGAAGGAAAAUAUAGUCCUUGAAAAAGAAGAUUACGAAAUGGAAAUUAACAAACUGAGGGACUUGCUGGCAAACAUAAAGUGUGGUUCGACUGAAAUUAUGGAACUAAGGCAAGAAUUGGAGGCGAGACAUUCGAGGGAAGUGGAAGAACUGAGGACUUAUUUUGAGAAAAAAUGUGCCGACUUGGAGAAAAAUUAUUCAGAGGAGGUUUUCAGCCAGCAAAGCAGGAAAAUGUCAGGCUCUACCUGCUCGGAGGCCGAACUGAACUCCGACCUUCUCUUCUCGCACCCACCGGGCCCCCACGGCGACAUAAGCUACGACCUGCAGCCAAACAUCACCAAAAAGGACCUGACCAACCUGAAGAACGAGCUGAACAGCGUCCUGGAUAAGAUCAACAACUACAACCUCGAUAGUAUCUCCGAGGAGGACUUCAACGCCCUGAAAUCCGAAAUGGGCAAGUGCAACCUGAACAACCUGCUCAAGUACGACCUGGCGGUCAUCAGGAACGACCUGCAGAAUAAGUAUCACGCCGAACUGGAAGUACUGAGGGAGGACAACGAGAACAGGGUGGAUUUGUUGAACGUGGAGCACGAGAAGAAGCUGAGGGGUCUGGAGGAGAAGUAUCUGGAGGAGGUGGAGAACUUGAGGGGUCAGAUCGACGAGUUGGGGAGGCAGAAUCUUUGCAUCAGCUCGGCCGUGCAGGAGGUGACGAGUUCUGGGGAGUUUGAAAUCACCGAGGUGAUUCAGAGCUACGAGCGGAGGCUGCAGCAGCAGGUCACUCUUGCUAAGAUCGACAUUAUCUCGGCCCUAGAGAGCCAGAUACAGCGUCUGGCGUCCAACGAGGCGGACGACGAAGAAUGGCCGUCGGAACUGCUCCAGCUGAGGGGCAGGUUCACCGACAAGUACGAGAACGAGAUAAGGCAGCUGAAGGAGGAGCAUCGCUCGGAAGUAGAGAAACUGAAAGACGAGCACCUGAGAGUGUUGAACGGUGCGCUGGAAAGGGCCAGGAGGCGGAGUUUGAGGGACAACGACAGUUUGAGCAAGGGAGAUUUGGAAAUUCUCAAGGAGAGAGACAACUUGAAAAAACAAGUUUCCUCGUUGCGGAACUUGCUCGGCGAGCUCCUCAAGUACUUCACCCAGUGCGAGGACGAGCUGAACAACACGCUCGUCGACGAACUACUGCGGCAAAGCUUCGACAAGAACCUGUCCCAACUGGAGGACGAGCUCAACCUGAACGACUCCAGCGCCACCAACUCCAGCAAGACCGGCGACAGUCUCGCCAACGUGACCCGGGUGCACCUCGCCCCGAAUUUCUCCGAUCUGAUCAACCUCGUCGAAUCCGGCUCCCGGGAAGAGGGCGACUCGAGGGACAUAUCGCUGGACCUCAAGAACGAGCUCGGCAUUUGCCUCGACAAGCUCAAACAGGAAGCGAACGCUAUCUUAGCGCUCACGAGUAACAUCGCCAAGCAAGGCUCGAGCGUUAACGUGAACGUGUCUCCGAAAGGUAACUCUCUCGAGGAGAAACUGUCGUCUAUGACCAGGCAGCUGAUCAGCGAGGCGCAGGUCAAGGAGAGACUCAGGGAGGAGCUGAGGGAGGCUUCGAGCAUCAUCGAGACUUUGGAGAAGCAACGGGAGGAGUUGGAGGGGCAGUUGGAUGGGGUGAUCGCUAAGGAUAACGUGUUGGAGGAGGAGUUGGCGAGGGCGAGGAGUAAGAUAGCGGAAUUGAUAGAGAACGGGCAUAAGGAGAUUGUUUCUGAAGGGUACGGUGAAGAGGGGAGUAUGGAGAUGCAGGAAAGGGGCGAUGCUAUGACAAUUCUGGCCGACUUACAAGAGAAAGCGAGGAACAUGCUGGCUCAGUCGCGUGCAAGCGCUGAUCCGACACUGCUGCAUCUCAUCGAGGAGCUGUGCAGGGUCGGGGAGAGGAUCAAGGAGGAGUCGCAGAAGGAACGACUCGAUCUGUUGCUACAGGUAAAAGAGCACAUGCCUUCGAGUAGUUGUGGUGAAAAGAUCGACGCCGCCGACAAGAAAUACCGCACCACGCAGAAGUUCCUGGAGGAGCAGGCGGCGGAGAGGGAAAUGGAACGCGACGAGGCCCAAAAGAGCAUCAAUCGGCUGCGGGAACAGCUCAAGGACAGGGAAAGGGACAAGGCGAGCUGCGAGAGGUACAAUGCGGAGGUAAAUGGUGUGUGCUGUUGGGAAAACGGGUGCAAAAAAAUGCAGGUCGAGCAGCUAGAGCAGCAGCUGCAGGAGAUGACCAAGCUCCUCGCCGAGGAGUCGAGACGGUUCAAGGACUUGGAGGCGGAACGUAACGAGGCUGUGAGCAAGAUCAAGGAGCUGCGGGACAUCAUCUGCGAGCUGGAACUGCAGACGGAGGCCAAGACGAAGGAGGUGGAGGACUGCCUGGAGGUCAUCCACAAGCUAGAAUGUAUAGUGGAGCAGCAAGACAGGUCCAUUAACGAGCUGGGGCAAAAAGAUUCACUCAGGGACGUUUCAGAUAUCCACCAGCUGCGCAGGCACAUCGAGUCGUUGGAGAGCGAGCUGCAACGGACGAGGGUGAACUCGGAGCUGGCGGGCAGCGAGGGGGCCCUGGCGCAGAUCCACGUGCAGCUCUGCGAUUUGGAGGCUUCCUUGGAUAAAAAAACCAGGGAAUUGGAGACUUUGCAUUCGACCGAGACGAAUUGUAGCUCUCCUUCUGAGGACAUCUCCGCGAGAGACCUGGUUCAACCCAACAUCCCCGGUACCAUGGACGAAUGUGAAGUGCCCCUCCAACAACUAGCCAGGCUGAAAGAAAAGCUCCUCCGCCACUCCAGAGCGGAGGAGGCGGCCAUAAAAAGAAUUCGCGACUUGGAAAUGCAUGUUUUCAGCUUGAAAAACGAGCUGGAGGAGUCGAACGGAGAAAAAGACUGCAUGAAGAAACAAAUACAGGAGCAACUGGUCCUGAUAUCCGACUUCCAAAUAAGGUUAGACGAGCAGAGACUACGCGCCGACCACAUUGAGAAGCAGACGAAUACGUCAUUGGAACUGAAAAUCUACGAUUUGCAAAAUGAAAUCGCCACGUUGCGAGACAAGUUCCAGAUCAAAGAAAAGACCUUCGCCCACCAGCAGAUCCUGCUGAGCGAGACUCAGCAGCGCUUGAAGAGCCUCGAGGAAGAGAUCAGUAACAACGGCAAGGAAGACGACGAGUUGCUAGUGACGAUGCAGAAGGAACUCGAAGCGCUACGCGUCCAGAACGCUCAGAUGAAGCUGAAGAUGAGCAACGAGGCGCAGAUUGUGCCGAAUCUGGUCGAGAACAUCAUUUCCGACAAGAACGUGGACAUAGAAAAGUUACGGGAGAAGCUGGAAGAGACCGAGAGGUUGCUAGAGUCCUACACUUCCCUCAAUUUGGACAGGCGAGAGCUGCAGUCGUUAUCCAACCUUAAGAGCCACGGUACUUCUCUGGAAGAGGUGCUGGGCAUCCUGGAUCUCAGUCAGAGGGAGCGCAUCCGAAAAGCCAGCCGGGACGAGAGCGAACCGUUGGAGUUGUCGCAUAAUUAUCCGUACAAGAGAAACGUCAACGAAACCGUUUUCCUAGGUAGCGCUUCCGAGCCCGAGAUAUCCACCAUCGAAAAGGUGGGGCCCCACCUGUUCCAACCGGCUUCGGGAAAGACCAAUUCUACAGAAAUUUACAAGUCCGCAGAGAAACGGGUCCAUUUCGAGGACACGGACGUCGCCCGACUCAACAACGCCGUUACCGCUUUAAACGAGGAACUGGAAGCGAAAGACAAAGUCAUCAAAGAGUACGAGGAACGUCUGAAGCUGCUGAACAGUCUGGAAGAAAAAAUCGAGAAGCUGCAGUCUUCUUUGGAACAGACGGAAAAGGCCCUGGUGACGGCAACAGAAACGUUUGAAAGGGAACAGCACGACUCGCACGAAAGAGAAAAGAAUCUAGGAGUGGAGCUGGCGGAGAAGAAGCUUCACUUAUCCGAGAGGGAGAAGAAAAUCGAGAUGUUGGAACAGGAUUCGCGCAGGAAGGAUCAGAUGUGCUUGGACCUGGCGGAUCAGAAGCGGGAUCUGGAGCAAGCGUUGAGCAAAUUUAAACAUGAGAGCUGGAAGAACUUGGAUACCGUGAUUAAGGAGAAGAACGAAGAAAUUGACACAUUACACUCGUCUCUACGUAACGCCGAACGUCUCAAUGAGGAAAUGGUGGGCGUGAGGGAGGAUUUACAACGUAAAAAUAUGGAACUGACAUCUCUGCAGAAGGAGUUGAAUACCUUGAUUAAUAACGUGAAAGAACUGUCGGAAAAUAACAACGAAUUGGAGGCGAAAAUGAAGGAAACCAACGAAGAGAACGUCAAGCUUAUCAAGGAGAAACAGAACGCCACCAUCCAAGUAGAGACUCUGAUAGCGGAGAUGAACAACCUGAAGGAGAAACUCGGCAAGAAGAGGAGGACGGUGAAAGAGUUGGAAGACGUCGUAGAAGACCAGAGACGGUCAAUCGGAAUCUUGGAGAAUGAGGUGAAGAAACAAAGAGACGUUAUAGUCGACAGGGAGUGCGAGAUCGAAAUCGCCAACGAAGACGCCAAGCGGUACCAGAACGACAUAGCCACGCUCGAGGAUCGUAUCGAGCAGCUCGAAAAGGGGGAACAUAAAAAACUAAUAGACCGACUCGAGGAGGACCUCAAGGAAAAAGACGCGAAAAUCAAGGAACUGAACAAGGAAAUGACGCACCUACAGGAGCUGCUCAACGAGAAGGACAAGAUCAUCAACCAGAUCUCGGAGGACAGCCACAAGCUGCACGUCAACCUGGUGACGAUCCAGGCGAAAUUGAAGGAGACCGGCAACAUCAUCGACCUGGGCAACAAGCUGAAAGAGGAACAGAAGAGGACGGCCGAGUUGGUGGAAGAAAUCCACGGCUUGAAGGCUCGUCUCAUGCAGUACGAGGCGACCAAGAGGAACAACCCCAUGACGACUUCCGUGGACGAGAUCGCCGACCAGGUGAAAAGAGAACUGGACUAUUCCGCCCAGAUCGAUUCGAACAUACUCAGCGCCGUCAGCGACCAGAGCUUGAGCUCCAUCUCCGACAACCAAGAGGCGGAAAUCUUCAAGAAGGCCCUGGCCAAGGAAAAGUCGACCAGGAAGCAGCUUCUCCGGGUCCAGGACGGACUGAAGAGGCAGGUGACGGAUAUGGAGGAAAAAUGUACCGCCCUGCAGUCGUUGAAUGAAAAAUUACAGAGUUCCUUAGAGAGUGAACGUUUGCUUUUACGACAGACGCAAGCGGAAGACGCGAAACUGAUAGAACAGAUGAGGAUUCAAUUGGACACGGUUCUGGACCACGAGGAGGUACUGGAAAGAAUGGUGGCCGAGGAGAAAGAGGCAAAGAGACAGCUGGAGACGGAACUGGAGGCGGCGAGACAGAAAACGGCGAGCUCUACCUCUAAGACGGAAUCUACGGAGUACAAGGCGCUUCCCAGCAAGGAAACAAUCGAAUUGAACCAGCUGAGAAAGGACUUCACCGCGGUUCGAGACGAGAAUGACGGUUUGUCGAAAGAACUGAACGCUUUGAAACGGGCGCAAAGUGAGAUGGAGGUGAGCUAUAAAUACACCAAGGAUAUGUUAGGUCUGGAGAUGGGACGUGCGAAACUCCUGGAAGACAAAGUGCAGGCUUUGUUAAAGAACGAGAAAGAACUGCGAGACGUCUUGCUGCAGAGAAAAGUCGAGGUGGAGGAGAAGUUACACGAGAUCGAGAACAACAAGAUCGUAAUUGACGAAAUGGAACAGGAGAAGGCUCUCUUAACCAAACAGAACUCGGAACUGACGCAAAGACUGAAGACGCAGAUGUCGACGGAGCCCCAGAUGACUCGGACGUCGCCCGUUCCCGACGUCCUGCUCGAUAGGAUCAAAGAACUGAAAAACGACCUCGUGGACAAUAAGAAGUUCAUCGACCUCAUCCAGAAGAUGUCGCAAGAGAAGAGGAACUUGGAGAACGAGCUCGCAGCGUUGAGGGGACAGAAGAGUGCUAAUAUGCCUUUUGCGGACUUAGUCGCGAGGAGCGAUUUCUUGUUUGCGAAGACUUUACGGCUGGAGAGUACGAAGAAAGCUUUGAUCUGGCAGAAGCGGUACCUGCUAGACUACCUCCAGGGCCACCAACGGCACUGCCUGGUCGAGGCAUUACCUCACUUGACAGUGUACAGGAAUAAGUUCAAACAUCAACGUUUGCCACGGGAGCGGUUCAGAUCUACGGUUUUUGUCGUAAUCUCCAUAGUGCGUAUGAAAUACCUGGUGCGACGUUGGCACAGUGGCGUACGCAUAGCCGAAAAGAUCAAUUCCCGCCACUACAGGCACCAGUCGGCCAAACAAACCGAAACCGCCUUCCCCGCCCAAUUCCAGGUGGGUCAACCCGUCUCCAGCCAGUUCUUCUCGAACAACGUAGGCGGACGAUUUGGUGCACUGGGUCCCAAAAACUUUUUCCACACAAAUCAGACAGAUUCUCAAGAAAACGCUGCUUUCGGGGGGUUCGACGAAGAGAGGGUAUCGCCCUCCCCUACCGUGAGGGAUCUUCCCCCUUGGUCGGGAAGUUCGCCGCCUUCCAAGGAGGGCAGCGACAGGAGGAUAAGGAUCGGGUCCCACGUUCUCAGCAGGGAAGACAUGACGCCGCUCAAAGCCCCGCUGCUCCUCGCUCAGUUCUCGGAACGUUUCGAUCAGAUCCGAGAGACGCUGGGCAUCGCCCUGGACUCUAACGCCACGUAGCGCCCAUCGGCAGCCUAUUUCCUAGAUAGCAUGUUCAAAACUAUUUGUUCUGUGUUAAAACGUCUAGAAAUCGUUGAUUUUUUACUAGGUCUAGUCAUUUUCGUUACUCUUUCCUAUCUGAUCGGGAUUUUCGUUGAUUUUGAGGUGUAUUUAUUUUGUAAAGUUGUGAAUUUAGUUUCUAGGUAGGUGAAAAAUGUUUGAGUUACCAGAUAAAUGUGAUGAGUGCCUUCGACUCACGUGCCAUGUUCGUGUAAGUGAUUGAGAGUUUAUAUUUAGGUACCUUUAGGACGGAGUAUUAUCACUGAAGUGCAUUUGGUAUUGUAGAUUUUGUACGAUUUGUUUAUUAAAGCACUAUUUACGGAA